CUCUGCCAUACUCAAACUCUUUCUCAAAGUCUUUUCAUUAGGUUUUAUUACUCUCUUUCUAUCUACCUCUAUCUUUUUGCUAUUUCUCCAUCUCACUCCCGUUUUGAAAACUGCGCCAUCUUCCAUCUUCAUCCAUCUUCAACCUCUCCAUCUUCUAUCUUCAACCUCUGCAUGGCUCGUCCGAUGGAAAAAAUUACGGACAUCAACGACACCAAGGAGUUGUGGAAAGUGGCGGUGAGAGUUGCCCAUAAAUGGAAGGUAGUCACCAACAACAAGGAGCACUUUGAGAUGAUCUUCCAAGACAAAGAGGGCUGUGAUAUCCACGUGGUUGUUCCAACUGCAUGCAUGGCCGCAUACAAUGAGAAGUUUGAGGUGGACCGCACGUAUACUGUGUCAAAUUUUGCGGUGCAGCCUAAUAACUUAGUUUUCAAACCAAGCUCCCACAAGUUCUUGGUGAAAUUUACUGGAGGAACUGUUGUUGGUGAUGUUGACAAACAUGACAUACCCCCCAAACCACGCCCCUUCACCAGUUUCCCUGACAUCAUUAACGGAAACUAUCAGAAGAAUGUACUCAUUGAUGUUAUUGGUAUGCUCGAGAGUGUUGGGUAUCAACAGACGUAAAGUGGCGGAAAAAAAUUUCAGGCUAAUUUUCUACUGAGAGAUGCAAGCAACAACACCAUAAAUUGCACCCUUUGGGAGGGCUAUGUCAAACAGUUUUUUAAGUUUAACGAGGACAAAGCUGCCACAAGUGGGCCGAUUGUUAUUUUGAUUCAGUAUGCAAAUUAAAAGUUAAAGAAGC